CGCCCGCCCCCGUCCAGCCCGCCCGCCCCGGCGCUGCCCCGCUCGGCCCUCACGGCGCCGCCAUGGCGCGCUCGCUCAACUCCAUCGUGGCCGUGAGCCAGAACAUGGGCAUCGGAAAGGACGGGCGGCUGCCCUGGCCACCCCUCAGGAAUGAGUACAAGUACUUCCAGAGAAUGACUACCACGUCUCAUGUGGAAGGUAAACAGAAUGCACUGAUAAUGGGUAAAAAAACCUGGUUCUCCAUUCCUGAGAAGAACCGUCCUCUAAAAGACAGAAUUAAUAUUGUGCUCAGCAGGGAGCUCAAGGAAGCCCCGAAAGGAGCACAUUAUCUUUCCAAAAGUCUGGAUGAUGCUUUAGCUCUUUUGGAUUCACCAGAGCUAAAAAGUAAAGUAGACAUGGUUUGGAUCGUUGGAGGCACUUCAGUUUACAAGGCAGCAAUGGAGAAACCAAUUCAUCAUCGAUUGUUUGUGACAAGAAUCUUGAAGGAAUUUGAAAGUGACACAUUUUUUCCAGAAAUUAACUAUAAAGACUACAGACUUCUCACAGAGUACCCAGGUGUCCCUGCUGAUAUCCAGGAAGAGAAUGGGAUCCAGUACAAAUUUGAAGUAUACGAAAAAGCUGUUGUGACAAAGUAAAUGAGGCAUUGUGUACUUCUGUGUAAGGGUAGGCAUUUUAAAUCCUGAAGUCUUACUGAGUGUAAAUAUACAUUAAAUUUUUGAGAACAAAUCGUGCCGGAUAGUACAA